UUUCUAUUAUUUUUGCGACGACUUUUCUACAGUCUUCAUACAACUUAUAUCAGUUAAAUACCCUAAUUGAGACAGGCUACCAGGUAGCUAGACAAUGCUAAUACCACCUGACCCGGAAGGCGCAUGUUAUCGUAACGUUAGCUAACUUUACGUCGAGUUAACCGAUUUAAUUUACCAACCAUGAGUUGUGCAGGGGAUGAAGACGACCCGUUCCCGGUCGACGACUGUCUGUUUGCCGAAACAUUUUCUCAAGAUAGCGUGUACACUUUAGUCGGUGAAGAGCUGAAGAUAAGACAGCUGUUCGGUGCCAACCUCGGUGUGGCUGCCCCGGUGUGGGAGGCUGCCUUACAGCUGUGUCGGUACUUCGAGCAGCAGUCGGUUGAGUUGAGAGGAAAGCGCAUCAUAGAGCUGGGGUCAGGGACCGGGGUGGUCGGGAUUCUGGCAGCACGCCUCGGUGCAGUGGUGACCCUCACAGACCUUCCUUUGGCUCUCCCACAACUUCAGGCCAACGUGUCUGCUAACAUGCCACCCAGUGGUUGGCCGACCACCCUUCCCACUGUCCUCCCUCUGUCCUGGGGUGAGGACCACAUGAACUUCCCUUCUGACUGGGACCUGGUGCUUUGUGCAGAUAUCAUUUACCUCCCAGAGACUUACCCACUGCUAGUGGAGACACUCGCUCAUUUGUGCAAGAACGGAGCACUGGUGUAUCUCUCAUCCAAAAUGCGAAACGAGCAUGGGACUCCAGGUUUCUAUGAGGAAUGUCUGCCAAGCAGAUUUAUUGUGGAGCUUAUGAACCGUGAUGACAAACAAAACAUUAAUAUAUACAGAGCAUUUCUGAGGAAAGACCAGUGACAGCAGGGACAGAGUGCAGGAGGCCUGGGAUUAGUUACUGUGCUGAGAUCAGUUAUGACUCAACAGCUCAGUCUAAUUAAUCAAAUGUUGAUGUUAACAGUUACCUUCUACAGUAUCAAGUGACUGUAUUUUAACACUUACAAGUACUUAGUUUUACUUUUACUUUUUUUUUUACUUAAAGCUGCAAUUUUGGGUUUUAUAAUGCGACUUCAACUUGAAACAAUUAUCUAAGUAUUCUUGUAAACACAAAAGAGAGAGCUUGCCCUUAGUGGGUUUCCUCUAUAUUGACAAAUGUUUCACUCAGUCAAUCAGCUGUCAGUCUGAAGACAUUAAAUGUUUGUGCCAUGUUUAAUGUCAGAGUCUUUUGAGACGCACCAAAUAGUAGAACAUUGUUAACUUACUACUUCUGUCGUAGUUGACCAUUGAUACUUUUAUUUAUAUAUUUAUUAUAUUACGUCGACUGUUUUUAGUCAUUUGAAAAUCUAUUGUAUCCUAUUAAAGGUCCAGUGUGUAACAUUUUGGAGGAUCUAUCAGCAGAACUGGAAUAUAAUAUUCAUAGGUAUGUUUUCAUUAGUGUAUAAUCACCUGAAAAUAAGAAUUGUUGUGUUUUGGUUACCUUAGAAUGAGCCAGUAUCUACAAAGGAAGGAGGUCCUCUUCCAUGGUGGCUGCCAUUUUGAGCCACCACGUUUCUACAGUAGCCCAGAAAGGACAAACCAUUCUACCAUGGUUGUAGAUACUGCCUUUCGUGUAUUUGCAAGCUUCACGGCCACUGUACUGAGCUGUAUUCAAAUGGCUGCAAUCUGCAACUGUAGCGAUAGAUACCACUGAAUCCUACACACUGGUCCUUUAAUAUUUCUCUCAUUACAACUGAGAUUGUGUUUCUGAUGAUCUGACGAUUGUCUUCUACAGUGUGAUUUCACAGAUUUUGUAUGAUUGAGUUUUUCUACUUUAUUUUUUCUUCUUUUUUUAGUGUCUUUGCAUACCAUGUGUGUCCUUACCUAUUAGUUAGGUGGAUAACUGCCACCUGAGGUAGACCUCUUUACUCUUCAGUGGAAAAAAACAAUUCCACUUCAAUAAAUAAAUUGGAGAAAAAAUAUCCCAAACUAAAAUUUUAAUUGAAUGUAUGAGACAUAUCUCUUUAUUUUCACUGACAUCCAAACACUUGUUGUGAGCUUUAAAUACAGUUUGCAACCAGUCAAAGGUUCUCAUUGUGAUUUUAUAUAAAACAGCCUUAUGUUUUCUUAAGGAAAUCUGAAUGUCAGCAGUCCAGAGUUGUUUUUAUAGAGACAGAUCAGCUGCUAUUACAGCUUCAGGCUGCGGUGCCGGUCUGCUCAAUCACCUGACGGGAGAUCUUUUAUCACGUCUCUUUCUUAGUUUUGACUCCAUGUUGUUACUGUCAUGCACAAUGUAGUUUCAGAGAAGAGCUUGUAAUGUCAUCAGUGCAUUUCUUGAAAAAGGGUCAACUGCUCCUCCCAGGCAACUUCUGCCCUACGUCUAAAGGUAUAAUCUCAAACUUCUUUUCCACAUUUCUGAUUGUUCUCUCGGUUAAAACACUGAACUGUCUCACCCUGUCCAUUGCAUCAGUACAGAUGGCACAGCGGCCUCCUCACACAUGCUCAGACAUCCCAUUGGUUUCUGCGAGAGUGUUGAGCAUAUAUUCUAGAAAGAGCUGAGCCUUCAGCUUCAGAUUAGAUUGAAAACAAAUCACAUGAUCACAACUUUAAAAGGCCUUGGAAACCAAUUUCCAUUCUCAAUAAGCGGAUUACUAUGAGUGAUUGGAUUCCACAUGAAUUCAAACUUUCAAACAAACUAUUUUGUCUAUUUUAUGAGACAUAGCUGUAUUUGUGUUUUGGCUUGUGGUCUUCUGACUGGGUUGUCAGUUGGUGAGGCUUUGUUGGAACAGUUGACUUCACAUUUUUUAGGGGCUUUAAAUAAAAUUAAUACCAACCCUC